AUGACCAAGGUCAAUCUCAUCCUCACACUGUUCAACCUUAUCCCCGCCAUCCUGGCAACAUGCUCGACCCAGUCCCCCUUCUACCCGCCUCCAUCUUACAACCGUCAGUCCUCUGAAGUAUGGGAAGCCCUCGGCCUUGUAGAAGCGUCGCUGUCAAACUUACUCCGCAACUCGAACAACCUCAAUACAUCAUCCUACUCAAUUGAAAUCACCUCAUCACGGUCCACCCUAUGGUCGACGUUCCAUACCGCAAAGGAUAAAAACAUAACGCGACCUGGAGCCGAGAGAGUUGAUGAGACAAGUCGAUAUCGUAUCGCAAGUAUCACCAAGGUCUUCACCGUGCUGGGGAUACUCCAACAACAUGCCGCGGGGAACCUCUCCCUCGAGGAUACGGUGGACAAAUACAUCCCUCAACUCCGCAGUGCGCAUCACGACGGGACCAGAAGUUCUAGUAGUAUCCAGUGGGACAAAAUAUCACUCCGAUCUCUGGCAAGCCAACUCUCUGGCCUACCCCGCGACUGGGUCCAGGGGGAUCUCCUCACGGAUCCCGAGCCCGUCGACACAACUGCUAAAUGCGAUUCUGACAACAGCCAUAUGCCCUGCACCGAGCAGGACUUAUUCAACAAUUUAAGAAGGAGGCCUGCCUUGUUUGCGCCGAACACGAAGUCGACGUAUUCCAACCUUGCAUUCGACCUCCUGGGGCUCGUGUUAGCGAACGUCACUGGCACCACAUACGAGGAAUACAUAACAACCUCAAUCCUCGAUCCCCUGGGAAUGUCGCAAACAUCCUUUGCCAAACCACCGGACAGUGUGUCCGUUCUUCCCAAGGGAAAUGCAUGGUACUUCGACGUCGAUGAGGCUGUGGAGAAUCCCACAGGCGGAUUAUACUCUUCUACGCACGACAUGUCAAUUUUUCUCCGCUACGUCCUGAGCAACUACAAAGACAUCGCGGACGCAAAGUUGAAUUGGCUACUACCUGUAUCAUUUACGGCCGGGAUGGGGAGUUAUUACGGCAUGCCGUGGGAGAUUUUCCGCACGGACAGAAUUCUUCUCCCAGACGAUAAGCGGAGGACAAGGACUGUGACCUUCUUCACCAAAGGCGGCGGUGUCCCCGGGUACAGAACCAUUAUCCUCCUCGUGCCGGAAUACGAUUUGGGUAUCACGGUUCUCACAGCUGGAGACGAGACAUUCCCGGAAGUAAUAGUGGAGAUGGUCACUGUUCCACUGAUUCGUGCAGCUGAUGCGCUUGCUGCACGGCAGGUCAAGGAAACAUAUGUGGGGAGAUACACCUCUCCUCCUACCAGGGAGCAUAUGGCAAACUCCACGUUGACACUAACAUACACACCAACCCAUGGCCUCGAGAUCAACGAGUGGACUUUGAAUUCCACCGAUAUGCUCAGCUUCAUAUCUAAGCACUUUCAAUCCCCCAAAAUUACAAAAUUCCACGCUCAGUUGAUUCCCUCUGGUCUCUACAGAGGUGACAAGCAACUAGGAGAGGUAUGGAGGAUUGCAGCCGUGAUGGAUAGGGAGUUCCCUCCGGCAUCAGUGCUAGGGCGAUGGAGCGGACACGCGAGUAAUGCUGAUUCAUGGUCGGGUUUCGCACCCGUUUCCGAGGAAUUCUGUAUCAGCGAUGUAGAUAAUAUAAUGUAUGCGGGAAGUCCCUUGAGCGAGUUCGUCUUUUGGGACAGGGACGAGAAGACUGGCAUGUUUGGAAAGGUGGAACUGCCGGCCUUUAGGAUCAAUUUGACUCGUGCGGACCAGAAGGAAGAGGGAGUGCUGGAUGAGGGAAUUCUGAUCAAGCACGAACUUUGA